CGGAGCUCCUCAGUCGGGCUGAGAGCGGCAUCGGCGGCGGAUAUCUGGAGAGGGGAUCCGCUGCUGGAGGUCUCGGAGAGACGGUCGCUCGCCUCUGUGUAAAGUAGAUAAAGCGGAGACUCCCCGAGGGCACCGCAGACAUGCACGGGCCGCCCACCGGAGACAGCGCGUGUCCGCAGCGCCUCAUCAAGCGCGUGCAGUUCGGUGUGCUGGGCCCGGACGAACUGAAACGAAUGUCUGUCACAGAGGGUGGAAUAAAAUACCCUGAGACAACUGAGGGUGGACGCCCAAAGCUUGGGGGAUUAAUGGACCCUCGGCAAGGGGUGGUUGAAAGGACUGGCCGCUGUCAGACAUGUGCAGGAAAUAUGACGGAAUGUCCGGGCCACUUCGGACACAUUGAGCUUGCCAAGCCAGUAUUCCACGUGGGCUUUCUGGUCAAGACCAUGAAGGUUUUACGCUGUGUCUGUUUCUUCUGCUCCAAACUGUUGGUUGAUUCGAAUAACCCAAAAAUCAAGGACAUCCUGACGAAAUCCAAAGGCCAGCCUAAAAAGCGCCUAACGCACGUGUACGAGCUCUGCAAGGGGAAAAACAUCUGUGAGGGCGGAGAAGAGAUGGACAAUAAGUUUGGGGUAGAGCAGAAUGAAGGCGACGAGGACAUUACAAAGGAAAAGGGUCAUGGUGGCUGUGGCCGUUACCAGCCCCGGAUCCGGCGUUCUGGCCUUGAGUUGAAUGCAGAAUGGAAACACGUGAAUGAGGACUCGCAGGAAAAGAAGAUACUGCUUAGCCCCGAGCGCGUGCAUGAAAUCUUCAAACGUAUCACAGACGAAGAAUGUUUCAUCCUUGGCAUGGAGCCACGAUAUGCGCGCCCUGAGUGGCUCAUUCUGACCGUCCUUCCUGUGCCACCGCUGUCUGUACGACCUGCAGUUGUCAUGCAAGGAUCAGCCAGAAACCAGGAUGAUCUGACUCAUAAACUGGCGGACAUUGUGAAGAUUAACAACCAGCUGAGACGUAAUGAACAGAACGGUGCCGCAGCGCACGUCAUUGCAGAGGACGUGAAACUCUUGCAGUUCCAUGUAGCAACAAUGGUGGAUAACGAGUUACCUGGGUUACCUCGGGCCAUGCAAAAGUCGGGUCGUCCCCUUAAGUCUCUGAAGCAGCGGCUGAAGGGGAAGGAGGGACGUGUCCGUGGAAACCUCAUGGGGAAACGUGUAGAUUUCUCUGCUAGGACAGUCAUUACACCUGACCCAAACCUUUCCAUUGACCAAGUUGGUGUUCCAAGGUCAAUUGCUGCAAACAUGACCUUUCCAGAAAUUGUGACUCCAUUCAACAUUGAUAGGCUACAGGAGUUGGUGCGACGAGGAAACAGUCAGUAUCCAGGAGCCAAAUACAUUAUUCGUGAUAAUGGUGAUCGGAUUGACCUGCGAUUCCACCCAAAGCCCAGUGACCUGCAUCUCCAGAUCGGUUACAAGGUAGAGCGACACAUGUGUGACGGGGAUAUAGUCAUCUUCAACAGACAGCCCACGCUGCACAAAAUGUCUAUGAUGGGGCACAGAGUCCGUAUCCUGCCAUGGUCCACGUUCCGACUGAACCUCAGUGUCACCACUCCGUACAAUGCUGACUUUGAUGGGGACGAGAUGAAUCUACACCUCCCACAGUCUCUGGAAACACGAGCAGAGAUUCAGGAGCUGGCGAUGGUGCCACGUAUGAUUGUCACUCCUCAGUCCAACCGGCCAGUCAUGGGUAUUGUGCAGGACUCACUGACGGCUGUGCGCAAAUUCACCAAGAGGGACGUUUUCUUAGAGAGGGGCGAGGUUAUGAACCUGCUCAUGUUUCUCUCCACAUGGGAAGGGAAAGUUCCUCAGCCGGCAAUCUUAAAGCCACGUCCUCUUUGGACAGGAAAGCAGAUUUUCUCGCUGAUCGUUCCGGGGCAUAUUAAUUGUAUUAGAACGCACAGCACCCACCCAGAUGAAGAAGACAGCGGCCCCUACAAGCACAUUUCUCCAGGAGACACAAAGGUCAUUGUAGAGAAUGGGGAGCUGAUAAUGGGAAUCCUGUGUAAGAAAUCACUGGGGACAUCUGCUGGAUCCUUGGUGCAUAUUUCAUACCUUGAGAUGGGUCAUGAUACAACUCGUCUGUUCUAUUCCAACAUCCAGACCGUCAUCAAUAACUGGCUUCUGAUUGAAGGCCACACCAUUGGAAUUGGAGACUCUAUUGCUGAUGCCAAGACUUACCAGGAUAUCCAGAACACCAUCAAAAAAGCCAAGCAAGAUGUGAUAGAGGUUAUUGAGAAGGCCCACAACAAUGAGCUGGAGCCCACACCUGGAAACACUUUACGUCAGACAUUCGAGAAUCAAGUCAACCGAAUCCUAAACGAUGCCAGAGAUAAAACUGGUUCAUCUGCCCAGAAAUCACUGUCUGAGUAUAAUAACUUCAAGUCCAUGGUGGUGUCAGGAGCCAAGGGAUCAAAGAUCAAUAUCUCCCAGGUCAUUGCUGUUGUCGGCCAACAAAACGUGGAGGGGAAGCGCAUCCCCUUUGGUUUCAAGCAUCGAACGCUCCCUCAUUUCAUCAAGGAUGAUUAUGGCCCUGAGAGCAGGGGCUUUGUGGAGAACUCCUACCUUGCUGGCCUCACUCCCACAGAGUUUUUCUUCCACGCUAUGGGCGGCCGCGAGGGGCUUAUUGACACAGCUGUGAAAACUGCGGAGACUGGUUACAUCCAGCGACGUUUGAUCAAAUCUAUGGAGUCUGUUAUGGUAAAGUACGAUGCAACCGUGCGCAAUUCCAUAAAUCAGGUGGUACAGCUGCGGUAUGGCGAGGAUGGGCUAGCCGGAGAGGGGGUUGAAUUCCAGAAUUUGGCUACCCUGAAACCCUCCAACAAAUCUUUUGAAAAGAAGUUUAAGUUUGAUUACACUAAUGAACGUGCUUUGAGAAGGACCCUGCAGGAGGAGGUUGUGAAGGAGAUCCUCAGCAAUGCUAACAUCCAGAAUGACCUAGAGAAGGAAUUUGAGAAGAUGAGGGAUGACCGAGAAGUUCUGAGGGUGAUUUUCCCCACUGGUGACAGCAAGGUCGUCCUUCCAUGUAAUCUCCUCAGAAUGAUUUGGAAUGCACAGAAGAUCUUCCACAUUAACACCCGGAUGCCCUCCGAUCUGCACCCUAUUAAAGUAGUUGAUGGUGUCAAGGAGCUCAGUAAGAAGCUGGUGAUUGUAAAUGGGGACGAUCCUUUGAGCCGACAAGCGCAAGAAAAUGCCACCCUCCUGUUUAACAUCCAUCUUCGCUCCACUUUGUGCAGCCGGCGGAUGGUGGAGGAGUUCAGGCUGAGUUCUGAGGCCUUUGACUGGCUGCUAGGAGAGAUUGAGUCCAAGUUCAACCAGGCUAUUGCUCAUCCAGGGGAGAUGGUGGGAGCACUGGCUGCUCAGUCUUUGGGAGAGCCAGCCACUCAGAUGACCCUGAACACCUUCCAUUAUGCCGGUGUCUCGGCCAAAAACGUCACUCUGGGAGUCCCACGUCUGAAAGAGCUGAUCAAUAUUUCCAAGAAGCCAAAGACUCCUUCUCUGACUGUCUUCUUGUUGGGCCAGUCUGCUCGGGAUGCAGAAAGAGCAAAGGAUAUUCUGUGUCGCCUGGAGCACACAACACUGCGUAAGGUGACCGCCAAUACUGCUAUUUAUUACGAUCCAAAUCCACAAAAUACAGUGGUGGCAGAAGACCAAGAAUGGGUAAAUGUCUACUAUGAAAUGCCAGACUUUGAUGUGACUAGAAUAUCGCCGUGGCUGCUUCGUGUAGAGCUGGACCGAAAACACAUGACCGAUCGGAAACUGACCAUGGAGCAGAUUGCAGAGAAAAUCAAUGCUGGUUUUGGAGAUGAUCUGAACUGUAUUUUUAAUGAUGACAAUGCCGAAAAGUUGGUUCUGAGAAUUCGGAUUAUGAACAGUGAGGAGAACAAGAUGCAGGAGGAAGAAGAAGUUGUUGAUAAAAUGGACGAUGACGUCUUCCUGCGUUGCAUUGAAUCGAACAUGCUGACGGACAUGACGCUGCAGGGUAUUGAGCAGAUCAGCAAGGUCUAUAUGCACUUGCCUCAGACAGACAACAAAAAGAAGAUCAUUAUUACAGAAGAUGGAGAGUUUAAAGCUCUACAGGAGUGGAUCCUAGAGACGGAUGGAGUCAGUCUGAUGCGGGUCCUGAGUGAAAAAGAUGUUGAUCCUGUGAGGACCACAUCGAAUGACAUUGUGGAGAUAUUCACAGUCCUGGGAAUAGAGGCGGUCAGGAAAGCUCUGGAAAGGGAAUUAUAUCAUGUCAUCUCAUUUGAUGGUUCCUAUGUAAACUAUCGUCACUUGGCACUUCUUUGUGACACGAUGACCUGUAGAGGACAUUUAAUGGCCAUCACACGUCAUGGUGUUAACAGGCAGGACACCGGCCCACUUAUGAAGUGUUCCUUUGAAGAGACGGUCGAUGUCCUUAUGGAAGCUGCUGCGCACGGUGAAACUGAUCCCAUGAAGGGAGUGUCCGAGAAUAUUAUGUUAGGACAGUUGGCUCCGGCUGGAACUGGCUGCUUUGACCUUUUAUUGGAUGCAGAGAAAUGUAAAUUUGGAAUGGAGAUUCCUACAAACAUCCCAGGACUUGGAGGUGCAGGACCAACUGGUAUGUUUUUUGGAACGGCUCCAAGCCCAAUGGGUGGCAUGUCACCGGCUAUGACCCCAUGGAACCAGGGUGCUACACCAGCAUAUGGCGCAUGGUCCCCAAGUCUAGGAAGCGGUAUGACCCCUGGGGCUGCCGGCUUCUCUCCCAGCGCAGCCUCCGAUGCCAGUGGCUUCAGUCCAGGAUAUUCCCCAGCAUGGUCUCCUACUCCUGGCUCACCUGGAUCCCCGGGACCAUCAAGUCCCUACAUUCCUUCCCCAGGUGGUGCCAUGUCCCCAAGUUAUUCCCCCACCUCUCCUGCUUAUGAGCCGAGAAGUCCUGGAGGAUACACUCCCCAAAGUCCUAGCUACUCCCCCACUUCUCCUUCAUACAGUCCAACAUCCCCCUCAUAUUCUCCUGCAAGUCCCAACUAUAGCCCAACAUCUCCCAGCUACUCUCCCACUUCUCCAAGCUAUUCUCCUACAAGUCCUAGUUAUUCUCCAACCUCGCCCAGUUACAGCCCAACAAGUCCAAGUUACAGUCCUACGUCUCCCAGUUACUCUCCAACGUCUCCCAGUUACUCUCCAACGUCUCCCAGUUACUCUCCAACAUCCCCCAGUUAUUCGCCCACCUCCCCCAGUUAUUCGCCCACCUCCCCCAGUUACUCGCCCACGAGUCCUAGUUACUCACCCACUUCUCCUAGUUAUUCGCCCACGAGUCCCAGUUACUCGCCCACCUCUCCAAGUUAUUCUCCUACUUCUCCUUCAUACAGUCCUACAUCUCCCUCCUACUCCCCAACCUCUCCUAACUACUCACCAACUUCUCCCAAUUAUACACCAACUUCUCCAAGUUACAGCCCCACUUCUCCCAGUUACAGCCCUACAUCUCCGAAUUACAGCCCCACAAGCCCAAGUUAUUCUCCUACAUCCCCAAGUUACUCCCCUUCCAGCCCACGUUACACGCCGCAGUCUCCAAGCUAUACUCCAAGUUCACCCAGCUACAGCCCAAGUUCACCCAGCUACAGCCCAACAAGCCCAAAAUACACACCCACCAGCCCUUCUUACAGCCCAAGCUCCCCAGAGUACACACCGACUUCUCCCAAGUAUUCUCCGACUUCUCCCAAGUAUUCUCCGACUUCUCCCAAAUACACGCCAACCUCCCCCACCUAUUCUCCAACAACUCCAAAGUAUUCUCCUACAUCUCCUACUUAUUCUCCAACGUCCCCUGUCUAUACUCCUACUUCCCCCAAAUACUCUCCUACUUCCCCUACUUAUUCACCAACCUCUCCGAAGUAUUCACCAACUUCACCCACCUACUCACCGACAAGUCCAAAAGGCUCCACGUAUUCUCCUACGUCACCUGGAUACAGUCCCACGUCGCCCACAUACAGUCUCACAAGUCCAGCUAUCAGUCCGGAUGAUAGCGAUGAAGAGAACUGAGAAUUGUCACCCUGGGCAGUGACGCAGCUUCGCAUCAGAGAAAAUUGGUCUCGGUGACUUCUUACUGCCUCUACAGCUACUGGCUUAGCUUUGAGUUUUUGUAGCAUAAGAAUUGUGCGUCUGAUCUAACUACGGCCAAAUUGUAUCGAGCUUGUGCCUAUUUCGGUGUAAUCAGAAAUAACGUUUGUAGACGUUCCACCUUCAGACCAUCAUCUCUGCCUGAACAUUAUUUAUAGAUGAUCCAGAUGAGAAGUGUUUGAUUUUGUAUUAUUUCCUUAUUGCUUCUUUUAUUCUGCCGCGGUUGUGCUGAGUUUUUUUCUGCAGAGCUUUUGUUUCAAAUGUUAGUAAAUGUCUAAAGUAAAUCUGUAUUUCUAAAUAAAUAACUUGUUAAUAAA